AGCCACUACUCUGCCUUUCCUUGGUUAACUUUGACAGUGAUCACACGUUCGCCUAGUCGUCCUCGCCGCCAACAUGCCGCCUAAGUUCGAUCCUACCGAAAUCAAAGUUGUGAAGCUGCGUGCAGUUGGUGGGGAGGUUGGAGCCACGUCCUCCCUGGCCCCUAAGGUGGGCCCCCUCGGCCUUUCCCCAAAGAAGGUUGGUGAAGAUAUCUGCAAGGCCACCACCGCAUGGAAGGGGCUCAAGGUGACAGUGCAGCUCACCAUCCAAAACCGUCAAGCACAGGUGGAGGUGGUGCCUACAGCUGCAGCUCUUCUCAUCCGCUGUCUUAAGGAGCCACCAAGAGACAGAAAGAAGGUUAAACACAUUAAACACAACGGCAGUAUCAGUAUGGAUGAGGUGAUAAACACUGCCCGCAUUAUGAGGCCCCGUUCCAUGGCCAGGACCCUUGCUGGCACUGUUAAGGAAAUGCUAGGCACUGCCAAAAGCAUUGGCUGCAUGGUAGAAGGUCAGUGCCCAAGUGAAAUACAGGCUGCCAUUGACAGCGGGGAAGUGGAGGUGCCCGAUGAGUGAGCCAAGCAUCCCCACACAUUCUGGACUAUACAUUACAGGUACAGUAACCUUAAAAUAAAGAAGAGCUCAUUUACA